AUGUCUCAUAUUGGUGCAUCUUCUAUUGGUUCAUCUGUCAAUUCAAAAUUUCUUGCUGCUUUUUCGUCUGCUGUUGGGAAGAAAUCAUUGCAACAUUUUGAUUCAGAAGAGUCUGAUCCUGAAUGGGGCUGCUGGAAUGCUAGGGAAGAACAGAAGAAUCCUUCUGUUAGGAUUAUAUUCCCCACUAUUGAAAGAGUGAAGAAUGCUUAUAAUGGGAUUUUGCCUUCAAGAUAUAUUCUUUGCUUCACAGAGAAAUCUUGGCAAAGGUUGAAGACUUUAAAUAUACUUCAUGAUGCUAUUCCUCAUCCACAUGAAAGAGUAGGGCAUCCGAUGCAUGUCAAGGUGGUGCGUAGAUGCUUCUGGUCUGGGAGGGACGCACCUUCCGUUGGUUGGGUAUACUGUGGUUCUCACAAUUUUAGUGCUGCUGCCUGGGGGCGACAAAUUUUAAAUCCAUUUAGAUUAAAAGCUGAUGGACUUAAAAAGGAGGACUCUUCUGUGAAUUAUGGGCUUCACAUUUGCAAUUAUGAACUUGGGAUUAUAUUUACUUUUCCUCCUACAGAAAAUAAUGGCUGUCCUAAAGUUAAAAGCACAAAAUUAGAUGAUAUAAUUCUGCCGUUUGUUGUGCCUGCCCCUAAAUAUAGAUCAAGUGAUAGGCCAGCUACAAAGCAGGCUAUGAGGGAGGUUAUGGUUGAACUUGCUGAGCGAGAGAGAGAGAAACGUACGGAAGAAGAAAUGAUGGAAGAGCUUGAUGAUGGUGAAGAAUAUGUCGAGCUUCCAGAAGAACUGGAAACAACCAAUUUUGUUGAACAGGAGAAGGAAGAGGAGAAGGAAUAUGCGGAUAUACUCUGGAGUCAGGUUGAUUCAUCCCAGAGCAGUUGA